AUGGGACCCGAGAGAGUCGUCCCAACCAAACACGAGCUUGAUGGGUUUGAACUCACCAACGCUGACACAGAGGAUCUCAUUUCCCGUGCCCAAGAGAGUGAUGCGACAGACCGUCAGUUGACUGUUCUUCAGGCAUUGAAGAAGUACAAAAAGGCCGUCUUCUGGGCCAUGUUGCUGUCUACUAGUUUGAUCAUGGAGGGAUAUGACCUCGUUAUUAUUACCUCGUUCUACGGCCAAACGCAGUUCAAGAACCGAUUUGGCGAAAUCGACUCUUCAGGACAGAAGGCCAUCUCUGCAGCAUGGCAGUCUGGUCUCUCCAACUCAGCCCAAGUAGGUCAGUUAGCUGGACUCUUGAUCAAUGCCUACGCACAGGACCGAUAUGGUUGUCGACCGACGAUGAUGUUUUUCAUGGCGUACUUGGCCGUCAUGAUUUUCAUCCCGUUUUUUGCCCCAUCCUUAUCCAUCUUGGCCUGGAGCGAGGCUAUGUGUGGUAUAUCCUGGGGCGUAUUUCAAACCCUUUCAACAACUUACGCCUCCGAAGUCGUUCCCACCAUCCUCCGCCCUUACGUGACGGCCUACGUCUGCAUGUGCUGGGGUGCCGGUAUUCUACUUUCAUCUGGGGUGGUCCGCGCCGUCGCUGGAAUUCAUGGCGAUUUAGGCUGGAGACUCCCAUUUGCACUGCAAUGGGUCUGGCCAAUUCCUCUGAUCACCGUCGCUUACUGGGCCCCCGAAUCGCCAUGGAACUCCGUUCGCCGGGAUGACAUCGACCAGGCGAGAAGAAGCCUCAUGCGAUUGCACCCCGAGACGCCAAACAAGGAGCAUGAAGUGGAUGCCACACUCGCGUAUAUUCGGUACACUACGCAGCUGGAGAAGUCAGAGACUGCUGAUGCUAGUUUCCUCGAGUGUUUCCGGGGAACGAAUUUGAGGCGGACGGAAAUUAACUGUGUCGUCUGGGCUGCUCAAAUCCUCUGCGGCAACGCUAUUCUCGGCUACUCGGUCGUUUUCCUACAAGCUGCCGGAUUCAGCGAGCUCCAAGCCUUCGACUUGAACAUCUCUCUGUCGGCCUGCUACAUCGUUGGCGGGGUUAUCUGCUGGUUCCUCUUUCCCCAUCUAGGCCGGGUGACCAUCUACAUGGGCGGCUUAACGUUCAUGUUCAUCUGCCUCGUGGCGAUCGGCGGACUCGGCUGGGCAGAGGGAACAAACGCGCACCUGGCGAUCGGCAUAUUGCUCGUCGUCUCGACUCUUUGUAAUAUGAUCACCGUUGGCCCGGCUUGCUAUCCUAUCGUUGCGGAGACCCCGUCUGGAAGGCUCAGGUACAAGACCAUUGCGAUCGGCCGGUUUGUAUACAAUGUCACCGGAAUCUUUCAUAACUCGGUGACGCCACGGAUGCUCUCUGCGUCUGCAUGGAACUGGGGCGCCAAAGCAGCGCUGUUCUACGCGGGAACCAACCUUCUCUGCAACGUAUGGUGCUGGUUCCGGCUCCCUGAGACAAAUGACAGGACAUUUGGGGAGAUUGACCUCCUAUUUGAUCAUCGUAUUCCAGCGAGGAAGUUCAAGCACACAACAGUUGACCGGUAUCUACUGGGCCAUGAUAGGACCUCCUAUGGCAGUGCUUGUGUCACCUUCUCGUAA